CUUCCUCUUCCGGUCGCGAGCGGGCUUCGUGUCAAUUGAGUCCGGAGGGCGCCGGGUCAGAGUGAAGACUUAAAUCCAAGGUCAUGGCAAGACAUCUGAAGUUCAUUGCUAGGACAGUUAUGGUACAGGAAGGAAACGUGGAAGGCGCUUACAGAACCCUAAACAGAGUCCUCACCAUGGAUGGUCUUGUUGAAGACAUUAAGCGACAACGAUACUAUGAGAAGCCUUGUCGCCGGCGACAGCGGGAGAGCUAUGAAAACUGCCGGAGGAUCUACAAUAUGGAAAUGGCUCGAAAGAUCAACUUCUUGAUGCGAAAGAAUAGGGCAGAUCCAUGGCAGGGCUGCUGAGGCCCAUGGAUGGGUGAUGCAUAUCCAGUUUGUGCCUCUACCUUUUCUUUCUUCAACCCCAUUUUGUGUUACCUUCUCUACAAUAAACUGACUCAUGUAUACAAGAAGGCCUGAAUACAUAGAAGCAAUACCAUUAGUCAGCAGUGGACCUUCUCUUUUAUUAAGUGGGGUUGGGGGGAGGAACUGUCCAAAAGUUGUCUGGGAGUAUAAUAGUGGUUGCUAGGGGAUACAGGAGAGGGCAGCAGUCAGGAGUUAUUGUUUAGAGGAUACAGAGUAGCUGAGACCAUUGACUCAUGCCUAUAAUCCUAGCUACUCAGGAGGCAGGGAUCAGUAGGAUUGUGGUUCGAAGCCAGCCUGAGCAAAUAGUUUGUGAGACCCUAUCU